AUGUCUCUGCUGGAGCACAUUUGGGAUCAUUUCCGCCCUCUUGUUGAGAAAGGUACCAAACCUUCCCCUCAGGUAAUCACUACAAGUUUCAUGAAGCCUUUGCAGUUGGUCCAGAGUCUCCUUGAUGACCUGCCCACCUUUUCUCCCACCGUGCGCUUCGCCACAGCUCCCUCUAGCCCUGUUGCCAUCAGCCCUGCAGAUUGGCCAACUCUCACCAGCAUGAAAGUCCCAGCCAUUGUGUCAAAGCGCUCUCAAAUUUUGACAUACAGCAUUGACCAUCUUGAGCUUGUCUCUCAGGCUUACAAGGCUGACAAUCUCCGCCAUGCAAUUAUCAUUGCAUUAGUUGCUUUCCAGGCAUAUAUUGCAGAUGUCAAGACACUUGUCACCAGAGCUGUCACUGCUGCCUGCAGUGAGAUGGAAGCAGAGGAUGCCAGUGAUGGGAAAAUCCAUUUGGUAGUGCGCCGAAAAAGCCUGCGCAAGUGGCUAGCAACCACUAAUCCUCUUGGCUAUGCUGUUAAAGGACAUGAACAUUUAGUUUCAUGCAUGAAUUCUAAAUCCGCAGAUCACCAUGAAGGACUGCCAAACCCAACCAAUGUGAAACCCUCUGUUCAUAAUUUUUCUUGGCUUAUCUGCAACUCAAGAGAGACCAACCCAGCCCCCAUCACUGCUCCUCUCAUCUCCACUGGCUGUUCUACGCCUGUCUUCCGCAUUGCUCUGGCCUACAUGCGCAAAUAUGCUCGCAAUAAGUGCACUCCCAAGAAUUUCCCCAAGCAAUGGAAUGCGAGAACAGUGCGAAAGGGAUUGGUCCGCUUCUUCUAG